AUGCAUUUACCGAGCAGAACGGGCUCUGUGUGGAUAUAUCUGCUGUUCGUGUUGCUGGAUUGUUACUGGGAGCCAGUGUCCGGGCAGCUCUCUUACUCCGUCUCAGAGGAGGUGAAUGUGGGGACUGUGGUCGGGAAUAUCGCUAAAGAUCUGAACAUCAACGUCCAGGAUUUGGAGUCCCGCAUGUUUCAGAUCGUUUCUGGAUCAAAGAGGAACUAUUUCGAGGUAAAUCUAAAGACUGGUGUCCUCUACGUUAAUGAGAGAAUAGAUCGGGAGGAACUCUGCGGCGACGAAGCUAAAUGUUCACUCAGUGUAGAAGCGGUUAUUAAUAAUCCAUUAAAACUGUACCGGAUUGAAGUUGCAAUCUUUGACGUGAAUGAUAAUUCACCAUCAUUUCUCAGCACGUCACAGAUAAUCAAUAUUACUGAGAACACCGCGGCAGGGGCUAAAUUCCCCCUCCAUCCUGCUCACGACCCAGACGUCGGUAAAAAUAAUGUUAAGAAUUACAAGCUUAGUCAAAACGAACAUUUCUCCCUUGACACAUAUAAAGGAGAAACUGUAACUACGGAAUUAGUGCUUCAGAAAGCUUUAGAUCGAGAAAAACAGUCUGUGGUUCGACUCACGCUGACUGCGAUAGAUGGAGGAACUCCUGCUAAAUCAGGCAGCAUCAUAGUUAUAGUGAAUGUGUUGGACAUUAAUGAUAACGCUCCCAUAUUCAAUCAAAAACUUUAUAAAGCCAGCGUUCAUGAAAAUGUGAGAAUAGGCACCUCCAUAAUAACACUGAACGCAACGGAUUUAGAUACGGGCCCAAAUGGACACGUGUCAUAUUCAUUUAGUGACAUAGGUCGAGGAAAACAAACUGAUCUGUUUUCCAUUGAUGAAAAAACAGGGACUGUAACAAAUAAAAAGAAUAUCGACUUUGAAGAGAACAACGCUUUUGAGAUAAGAGUACAAGCAAGUGAUGGAGCUUCGUCUCCGAUGACAUCACAUGUAAAAUUAUUGAUUGAAGUCUUAGACGUUAAUGACAAUGCUCCUGAAAUUUCAGUGACGUCACUGUUAAACACCGUGAAAGAGGACGCGUCCAUCGGCACAGCUAUUGCUCUUGUUUCAGUACUUGAUAAAGACGGAGGUAAAAAUGGGAUCGUGAAAUGUAAAAUUUCAAAUAACGUCCCUUUCAAACUUGAGUCGAAUUAUAAGAAUUACUACUCGCUGGUGGUGGACGGUCCUCUUGACAGAGAGAGCGCAUUUCAAUACAAUAUCAGCAUCACCGCUACUGACGAGGGGAACCCACCUCUCUCCAGUACAAGUGUAAUUACUGUACACGUCUCAGAUGUAAAUGAUAACAGACCUGUAUUCACAGUAUCUACCAUAAAUGUAUAUGUGCGAGAAAACAGUCCAGUAGGAGCAGUUAUAAAAACAGUGUCCGCAUUUGAUGACGACUUCGAUCAGAAUGGUCAGAUGAGAUUUUCAUUUUUACAAAGUAACACUGACACGUUACCAUUAUCUGCAAUGGUGAAUAUCAACUCAGAGACAGGGGAUAUAAUCAGUCUGCAGUCCUUUAACUUUGAGGAGUUGAAAACGUUUCAGUUUAAAGUCCAGGCCACAGACUCUGGUGCUCCUCCGCUCAGCAGCAACGUGACUGUGAACGUUUUUAUCCUGGAUGAGAAUGACAACAGUCCUUCGGUUCUUUCUCCAUAUUCUGAGCACGGCUCCGUUAACAGUGAGAGCAUCCCCUAUUCUGCUGAAGCGGGAUACUUUGUGGCAAAGAUCAGGGCUGUAGACGCAGACUCUGGAUACAACGCACUGCUUUCGUAUCACCUCUCUGAGCCAAAAGGAACCAACCUCUUCCGGAUUGGAACCAGCACCGGGGAAAUCAGGACUAAGAGGAGAAUGAGUGACAAUGACCUGAAAACUCACCCCUUGGUGGUGGUGGUUUCUGAUAACGGAGAACCCUCCCUGUCAGCUACUGUGUCUAUAGAUGUGGUGGUGGUCGAGAGCACAGCUGACAUCCAGACUCAGUUCAGACAUGUGCCCACAAAGGACGAUGGCUUCUCUGAUUUAAACCUGUAUCUGCUGAUCGGCAUCGUGUCGGUGUCAGUCAUCUUUCUGCUGAGCCUCAUCACUUUAAUAGCUGUCAAAUGCCACAGGACAGACAGCAGCUUCAGCAGGUACAGCGCCCCAAUGAUCACCACCCACCCUGAUGGGAGCUGGUCUUACUCUAAUGCUACUCAGCAGUAUGACGUCUGCUUCAGCUCAGACACGCUCAAGAGUGACGUGGUGGUUUUCCCCGCACAGUUUCCGCCUGCAGAUGCGGAACUGAUCAGUAUUAACGGAGGAGACACUUACGGCAGGACUCAGACUUUACCAAACAAAGACAAGGUAAGACAAAAUUUACAUCAAGUACUUGCUGCUGUGUAUUUUCUAUCGAGGAUCAAUUACCAUAAUAAGCAGUUUUGUGGUAUCUGA